UGAGAUAUAAUUUAAUGCCGCACCCGCGUUUUCUCACUCUUGCUUAUUUCUCCACACGACAACAUCUUCUUCCCCUACUCCCCGCGAGAAACAUUUAUACCUACCGGGUUCUGUCCGGCAAUGUUGCCGGAAUUUCGAGCGUCUUCGCUCCUGAGGUCUGACUCUGUAUCCGUCUACAAUUCCAUUCGCCAUGCCUCUCUCCGCCUCCGUGACACAGAGCCUGAAGCUUCGGAUUCUCUCGUGCCUCACCAAGCUUUCCGACCGAGAUACCUAUUCUCUUGCUGCAUCCGAGCUUGAAUCUAUUGCUCGGAGUCUUGACGUUAGUUCCUUGCCGAUUUUCCUUUCCUGUAUAUACGCCAUUGAUGCCUCGGAUAAAUCGCUGGUGAGGAAGCAAUGCGUUCGUCUCUUUGCUGUUCUCUCAGAGACUCAUGGAAAUUAUCUUUCUCCUUACCUUGCGAAGAUUCUCUCCAAUAUUACUCGCCGGUUCCGCGAUCCUGAUUCGUCAGUUCGAUCCGCGUGCGUUAGCUCUGUAGCGGCAUUAGCUUCUAAUGUCACUAAACCGCCGUUUUCGACGUUUUUGAAGCCUUUAACUGAUUCGCUUUUCACGGAGCAGGAUUCCAAUUCGCAGAUCGGGGCGGCUUUGUCUUUGGCUUCGGCAAUUGAUGCAGCACCGGAACCGGAUCUGCUUAAGCUCGGCAAACUCUUGCCGAGAUUUGAGAAGCUUUUGAAAUGCGAGAGUUUCAAGGCAAAGGCGGCACUCUUGACAAUGAUCGGGAGUAUUAUUGGAUUGGAUGGAGCUUUCGGAAAUGGAGCUCUGAAAAUUUUGGUCCCGUGCUUGGUUACAAUCCUUAGCAGUGAGGAUUGGGCGGCGAGAAAAUCAGCGGCGGAGGCGCUGGGUAAACUAGCAGUCGUGGAGAGGGAUGCUCUGGCGGAAUUUAAGGCCGGUUGCUUGAAAACGUUCGAGAGUCGGCGAUUCGAUAAGGUCAAGGCCGUACGGGAGGCGAUGAGUCAGAUGCUGGAGGCAUGGAAGCAGAUUCCUGAUCUCUCGGAUGAGGCGUCUGCACCUUAUUCCCAAUCCUCCUCGAAAGAAAUCGCUAGUGAUGGACGUUAUCUACCUGGAUCCAAGAAUAUUUCUUCUGCUUGUCUUGAUGCUCCUCUUCCGAGGAAAAAUAGUAGCCUGGUUGGCAGGUCUACACCACCCGAUGCCUCGUCUGCGACGACGACGAGAAGGAGAAGCGCUUCGAACGGCGGUGACCAGAAAACAAGUUUGUCAAUGUUCCAAAAGGUUGAGCGUAAGAAGCCUCUGGACUGGAAGGUGGAAGUCUCUGUUAGGAAGUCUCCCUCAGGAGAUCUGAAGGAAAGAGAUGAAUACAUACCAGAUAGAAGGUUUAGUGAAAACACCAAGAUUUCGAAACCAGAAACAAAACGGGCACUCUUCAAUAAGAUUUCUGACGAUAAGAUAAUUAAAUUCGGUGGGUUCAGGUCUGGAUCUCGCGUAGUUCCCUGUCCCGAGGAGGGCCCUGAAUCGACUGUUGUAGCAAGUAAUGCAACCGACGAUCUGCACAGGAACCACAAAGACUCUGAAGAAUUGCAUUUGAUCCGUAAUCAGCUUAAUCAAAUAGAAAAGAAGCAAUCCAAUCUUCUAGAUAUCCUCCAGAACUUCAUUGGGAGUUCACAGAAUGGAAUGAGAUCCCUGGAGACGCGUGUGCAUGGUCUGGAACUGGCAUUAGAUGAGAUCUCAUAUGAUCUGGCUGCAUCAACUGGAAGGAUGUCUAAUGCCAACACCCCCAGAAUCACAUGUUGCAUGCUGCCUGGAGCUGAUUUUUUUAGCUCAAGGUUCUGUAAGAGAGCAAAUGGCAGAGGUUCAACACCAAAGUUUGCAAUUCCCAGUGGUGUAACUCCACUGGCUCCAAUGCGUAGCAAAGGUGAUCGCCAUGGAACUAAUGGGGAUGCUGGAUCUAUAAAUUUGGAGAAUCAUAGCUUUCAGGUCCAGCGAAGGGGUGGCUUCAUAGUGAAUCCAUUGGCUGUGAGGCAAGGUGAAUCCAGGGUUGUCUCCGAUGCCAGCACUUCCUUGAACGAUUUGACUAGGAGGCACUAAAGAUUUUUACUUGGUUUAUAAUACAGGCUUACAGCUAUAAAUUUUCACUUUCCUUUGCCAUGGGAAUCUGAAGCAUCCCCUUGGAACCCUAGCGAUGGAUGAGACAGCAGCUAAACAUGAUUUGUGUUGCUGAAGCAAUCAAAUCCAUUCCAACGUGGGUUUAUCUCUGGUAUGUUCAAGAGCCAAGUGAUCUGAAAAUUUUCAAUGAGUUACGAAGUUGAAUUUCCGUUUCUUCUAUUGUUAUUUGUUUUCUGGAAAUUAUAAUCAAGAAGUUUAUACCGAAAUGGUGAUUACUGAUA